ACACGACACCGGAAGCUGUUUCAACAACACGGAUACUGACUCAUUCAACCACCUCCGUAGCCUGGUAGCCAACAAACAACCGAAAACAAGCUCGGUGGACCAUUUUUGUGUAUAUUGAGCUCGGUGUUUUUAACACAAUCCUCUUUACGUAUCUACUAUUUAACUUCAAGUAAUUUGCUUGUUAAAUGUACACAUUUGUUGAAAAUACUGAGUCUAGCACUAAGCUUAUCGCUAAUGCCAGCUAGCCCGACCAUGUACUCAUCACUAAGCUACUCUCCUCCUAAAGAAGAGGGGAUCUGCUGGACGGAGAAAGAAGCUCUGAGACUGAACAUUGUCAUGAAAGAAGAGGAGGGGGAUAUUACAGUAAAAGGAGAGGAGAAGCUUUCAGAAUGAAAGAGGAGGAAGAGGAGGCUAUCAGUAUCACAUUGGAAGAAGAGAAAGAACCUUUUAGAGUGAAAGAGGAAGAGGGGAUAGAGGCUGUCACAGUGGAAGAAGAGGAGGUAGAAGCUUUCAGAAUGAAAAAGGAGGAAGAGGAGGAUGUAACUUUGAACAAAGAAGAGGAGGAUGUUUUGGGAGAUGAAGGAGAGGAAGAGGAGACUGAAGAUCUGAUUAACACCAGAGAGAGACCAGACUCCCACUCUGACAGCGGAACGAGUGCUUCAGGGGAACCAGACCCAGUAACACCCAAACCAGCGAGACGACACCACUGCUCCUACUGUGGAAAUUGUUUUACCCGAUUACUACACCUGAAAUCACACGAGAGAAUACAUACAGGAGAAAAGCCCUUCCACUGUUCCCAGUGUGAAAAGAGUUUUAGGUGGUUAACGACUCUGAAACUCCAUGAGAGGACACACACACACGAAAAGCUCUACCAAUGCUCCAUAUGUGGAAUGAGUUUUACAGAGUUAGGGGCCCUGAAUGUGCAUGAUAGGACACACGCAGUAGGGGAUAAGCCCUACCGCUGCUCCCAGUGUGGACAGAGAUUUAACCGGUUAAGGAGGAAAAGACUUACCACUGCUCUCUUUGUGAGAAGACAUUUUCCCAGUCAGAGGACCUGAAAUCACAUGAGAGAAUAGAGAGGCUGUGUUCUGACUUAUGUUUUUGACCUGAGAAUUUAGGUUUUUUGUUUCUGCCAAAUGAAAUCAUAUUGUUUAUUUGAAGUCAUUAUUGUUUAUAUGAAAUCAUUAUUGAAAUAGACCUACUUUUAGUUUUCAUCUGGAGAUACUGUUGACAUGACUCCCCUGUGAGGAUCCAAGGAUCAGGUUACAGUGGAUCCAGCGUUCAAUAGAGGAGGGAGGGAUGUGGGGGUUUUAUGACACCUCUUUUAUGACACCUCAUUUAUGACACGUCAUGUCGAUAGUAAAUUGUAGGCAGCAGACUAUUCCUUUUGGGGUCUAAUUUGGGCGACUGGAAUGUCUCUUUGUUACCGAGAGAUUCUUGAUGCCCCAAAAACUUGAACAUCAAACAAUGGACACUGGGACAAUAUAUUCCAACAUCUGAAUGUUGGGAACGAUGAGAGAUGGAAUAUGGAAAAUGUAAUGUCUAUUUUGUGAUGUCAUUAAAAUUGUUAUAAAUAAGUUUUAAUGAAAGCAUUAACUUCCAAGAGCUUUUACACAGUGUAUAUCAGGUUUACAUUCUUUAUGUUGUGUAGAAAAUAUCAAGGAUAAAGAGAAUGUUUUUGUGAUGAUAGGAUUGUGAUUUUAGUUCUCUAACGAGAUAGUAAUUCUGAUACCUUGCCUCGUAAACUAGUCUCGCCCCAGGGAGCCCGGAGAGCGGGUCAGAAUGACGAAAAAUGCCUCCGUUUUCCCCGAGGGUAUAAAAAGAUUGUAACUAGUCUCGCCCCGGAGAGCGGGUCAGAAUGACGAAAAAUGCCUCCGUUUUCCCCGAGGGUAUAAAAAGAUUGAGUUAAGAAUGAUCAUAUCAGACUAGGAGGACCACGAGCUGUAGCUGAGGUCUACGAUUAGCCCCCUCCCCCCCCGAAACGCAACACACGAAGAAGACAACGGAACCUCUUAACAAUCAAUGCUACGGUUAAUUAGCUGUUCUCAGGACACCACUCUGGGAUCACCGACACGUCUGCUUAGCCGUCCUCAGGACACCACUCUUCCAGAACGAGUGCAAAGUAAUCAGACAACUAAGAAGAAGGACAUUGUGACAUUUUGUGGACAAAUCAGAGCUUAACACCUGAGAAUGACUGGAGAAGGCCAACCGAAAUAAGAAGGAACCUCAUCAAGUGGGAACCCGGCCCAUGAAGGGCCCAACAGAGAUAAGGCCCAACUGAACCCUCCUCAUCAAGCGGGAACCUGGCCCAUGAAGGGCCCAACUGAACCCUUCUAAUCAAGCGGGAACCCGGCCCACGAAGGGCCCAACAGUGAUACCCGACAGAGAACUUCAACGCGGAAAUACAUGCUUUACUUCUUACCCAGAAGAGCGGCAGUUUGGGGCAAGGUAUUAAGGGCUAAUGUGAGCAUAGUUCCCAAAUGUAUCCAAGUGUUGCGUCUCUUUCUUUCUCUAACUUUCCAUCUUGUGUAACAAGUGUCAUAUUGUGUUAGUUCGCUAGGGACUUGUUGUCGUCGUAUUAAGUUUCCAAUCAAUAACCUAUACCGUGUGUGUUUGUGUAUCCUAUGUUAUCAUUUCAUUUGUUAGUAAAUAAAUUAUAAAAUCAA